UAGGAUAUUUUGUUAAUUAAAUUAAUAUAAAUCUUAUGAAUAUCACAUUAGAUGGUAUAUUAUAGAAUGUACCUUUUCUUGUUUAUAUUGUCAUGAGUUGACAGUUAACGCUGAGGUUAUGUAGCAAAGGGUUCCUCCCUUUAUUAUUUGUUUUUUAAAUAUAAAUAAACGAUACUUUGAUUUUGUGUAAUGCCUUAAAGUUAUAUUAAAUCUUCUUAAAAGGUUGUUUUAAUACUGAAGAAAAGAAGAUGACAAGACAACCAGGUCAAAGCGAGCGAAAGCUCGCUGAAAAACUAAUUAUCUUGAAUGAUCGAGGAGUUGGAAUGCUUACUAGAAUCUAUAAUAUCAAAAAGGCAUGUGGAGAUGCAAAAUCCAAGCCAGGUUUCUUGUCUGACAAAAAUCUUGAGUCAUCAAUUAAAAACAUAGUUCGUCGGUUCCCAAAUAUAGAUAGCAAGAGCUUACAACCUCUUUAUGCAAUUAGGAAUGAUAUUAUUAAAAGUUUGUCCCUUUAUUAUUAUACAUUUGUUGACCUAUUAGACUUCAAAGACAAUGUUUGUGAACUUUUGACAAGUAUGGAUGCUUGGCAGGUACAUUUGGAUAUAUCAGUGAAUUUUGAGUUAACAAAGAACUACCUGGAUUUGGUAGUCACCUAUGUUUCAUUAAUGAUAUUAUUAUCAAGAGUCGAAGAUAGAAAAGCUGUACUGGGUUUAUUUAAUGCUGCCCACGAAAUGGUGCAUUCUCAAAGUGAUUCAAGCUUUCCAAGGCUUGGCAAUAUGAUCAUUGAUUAUGAUGUGCCAAUUAAAAAACUUUCUGAAGAGUUUUUGCCCCAUGCCAAACUCCUUCUAAAUGCAUUGCAUUCUCUACUGCCAGUAUUUCCUGUCCGGAAUGUCUCAGCAGAUCAGUGGAGAUCUGAAUUGAAACUGAGUCUUGUUGGAAACCCUGGUCAGCUCCUAAAACCAGUCACUUCUGAACGUGUAUCCUGUGAAUACCUUUCUUUAGAAUCCAUGGAACGUUGGAUCAUUUUUGGCUUCUUAUUAUGUCAUCAAGGUUUACAGCAAGAUCAUCUCAACAAAAUGUGGGUGAGUGCUUUGGAGUCAUCAUGGGUCAUCCCACUAUUCCGGGACGAGGUUGUACACAUACACAGCUAUAUUCAAUCAUACUUCGAGUCCUUAAAAGGUUAUAGCAAAAGGGUUUCUGAAGUUAAAGACUGCUACAGUCAAGCAGUUCAAAAAGCCAGCUAUAAACAUAGAGAACGACGAAAGUUUCUUAGAACAUCUCUUAAAGAAUUAGGUUUAAUAUUGACUGAUCAACCUGGACUUUUAGGACCAAAAGCUUUGAUGGUUUUUAUUGGUCUCUGUUUGGCAAGAGACGAAGUACAUUGGUUAUUAAGACAUAAUGAUAAUCCUCCCCAACAGAAAAGUAAGGGAAAAUCUUCUGAAGAUCUUGUGGACAGGCAAUUGCCAGAAUUGCUGUUUCACAUGGAAGAAUUACGCGUUUUAGUACGAAAAUAUAGUCAAGUUAUGCAGAGGUAUUUUGUGCAGUACCUGUCUGGUUUUGAUGCUAUUGCUUUGAAGCAUAUGAUGCAAAAUUUACAAGUGUGUCCUGAAGAAGAAGGUAUAAUCCUUUCUUCAUUGUGCAAUACUAUUUCCAAUUUAUCUGUAAAGCAGGUGGAGGAUAACGAAGUCUUCGAUUUCCUGGCAUUUCGGCUUGAUUGGUUUAGACUGCAAGCAUACAUGUCAACUGCAAAAUCCCCAAUGCCCAUAAUAGAUAAUCGGGACUUGGCUUCCUUUCUGGACGCCGUUCAAUUCCACACAAGGAUGGUAGACCAUUUGGACGACAUUAUCACCGAAACGUCGGACCUGUCCAUCUUCUGCUUUUACAGCAAAAUCUUUGAAGACCAAUUCCACAUGUGCUUGGAAUUUCCAGCACAAAAUAGAUACAUAACAGCAUUCCCAUCGAUUUGCAGUCAUUUCCAAAACUGUACUCACGAAUUAUGUCCUGAGGAGCGUCACCAUAUUCGUGAAAGAAGUCUUUCAGUGGUCAACAUGUUCCUUGACGAGAUGGCUAAAGAAGCAAAAAAUAUUAUUACGGCCAUUUGCGAUGAACAGUGCAAACUGAGCGACAAACUUUUGCCUAAACAUUGCGUUGCUAUUAUAGCACAACAAAUGAAUAGGAAGAAGAAAGAUAAGAACAAGAAAAACGCCGUUGAAAUAGAAAAGCCUGGCAAAGAGAGCUACAGAAAGACUCGAGAGAAUCUGACGACCAUGGACAAACUACAUAUGGCGUUGACUGAACUCUGCUAUGCCUUGAAUUAUUUUUCAACCAUCAACGUUUGGGAAUAUACUUUUGCUCCUCGUGAGUAUCUAUAUCAACAUUUAGAGAACCGAUUUGCAAGAGCAUUGGUAGGCAUGGUCAUGUACAAUCCAGACACCAACGAAAUAGCAAAACCCUCAGAACUAUUAGUCAGCGUUCGAGCUUACAUGAACGUUCUGCAAACUGUUGAAAACUACGUCCAUAUCGACAUAACUCGAGUGUUCAACAACUGCCUCCUACAGCAAACCCAAGCUUUAGACAGCCACGGAGAGAAAACCAUCGCGGCUCAUUACACCCAAUGGUACUCAGAAGUUUUGCUGAGACGUGUCAGUGCUGGUAAUAUUUGUUUUUCAAUGAACCAACGUUCUUUCGUUAGUCUGACAGCCGAAGGGACACUUCCAUUUAAUCCUGAAGAAUUUUCGGAUAUAAACGAGCUUCGGGCAUUAGCUGAAUUAAUCGGACCCUAUGGGAUGAAGUUACUCAACGAAACUUUGAUGUGGCACAUCGCCAGCCAGGUUCAAGAACUCAAAAAGUUAACCGAAGCGAAUAAAGAAGUGCUGGUGUCGUUACGAACGAAUUUCGACAAACCGGAUAUAAUGAAAGAACAAUUUAAAAAAUUAUCGAAUGUCGAGAACGUUUUACAACGAAUGACAAUAAUUGGAGUCAUACUAAGCUUUCGAAAUUUAGCACAAUCCUGUUUGACUGACGUCCUGGAGGAGAGAAUUCCUUUCCUUUUAAGCUCGAUCCUAGAUUUUCGUCACCAUUUGCCUAGUGGGGAUCCUAUGAAAGUAGUAAGCGAGAUGACAUCUGGUGCUGGUUUGCCAUGUAAAGUCGAUCCAACAUUAACGAGCGCCCUAAAACUCCAAAAACCAGAAAUAGACGCAGAGGAGCAUUUACUUGUAUGUCUUUUGAUGGUCUUUGUGGCAGUGUCGAUUCCUAAACUCGCAAAAUCGGAGCUUUCGUUCUACAGAGCUUCUUUAGAAGGACAUUCCAAUAAUAUUCAUUGUAUGGCACUUGCUAUUAAUAACGUUUUUGGAGCUUUAUUCACGAUUUGUGCUCAAGGAGACAUUGAGGACCGUAUGAAAGAGUUUUUAGCUUUGGCAUCGUCUAGUUUACUUAGACUUGGUCAGGAGGCUGAUAAGGAUAUAAUUAAGAAUCGAGAAUCAGUCUAUUUACUGUUAGAUUUGAUCGUUCAGGAAUCUCCUUUCCUUACCAUGGAUUUACUGGAAUCUUGCUUUCCUUAUGCUCUAAUACGGAAUGCUUAUCAUGCUGUAUACAAACAGGAACAAGCAAUGAUAUAAAAUUGUUUGAAACACUGAAAUAGAUAUGUAUUUGUAUU